AUGAAAGGUGAACUCUAUUCUCUGAAAAAUAAACUUGCAAUUGCCGAAGAAAUCAUAAGAAGAUUCAAACACGACGAUGAAUCAGAAAUUUUGAGCGAACUCGUAAACUUCAUAUAGAAAGAAGUUAAAAACUCUUUAAAAAUAACCAGAGAAGAUACUAAACUUAAAGAUAAAAUCAUAAAAGAAUAUGAAGCAGAGUUAUCAGAGCUUGGGGAUGCUCUUCGAACUUAUGAAAAUUCCCAAGAGCAGCUUCAGCACGAAAGAGACUAUUGAAAAUCAUUAGCAAAUUGUCAAAACUUCCCUAACAAUGAAUACAGUGAGCUCCGUGAAAAGCUGCGGGAAAUAGAAAAAGAUAGAAUCAGAGCCCAAGAAGACGCUGAACACUACAAGCUUAAAUUCGGGUCUUUAUCUGAAGAAUUCUCAUCAUUAAAAAACCAGCUGGAAACUAACGAUAACAACUUAAAAUGCCAACAAGCCGCUCUCAAAGGCGAAUUUGGAGAUAUCGAGUACCAGCUUUUAAAGAAAAACGAACAAGUUAAAUCUUCGAAUAAAAGAUUUAUACUUUUACAAAGAAAACUAGAAACUGUUCUUGAUGAGAAAAAAGAGCUUGAAGAAAAAAACAAAAUUUUGGAAAGUGAAAGAAAAAAAAUCACUGAAAAAUGGACCAAUUUAGUAAAUAGGACUAAGGGUGAAGAAAAAUCAAGGGUAAAAAAUAAAGAGCUAGAGGAUGAGCUGAGCUUUACCAAAAUUGAGCUAAAAAGCACUCAGGAUAAGCUAAAAGAAGCUUUUAUUAGAAUUGAAGACCAACAGCAGCAGCUUGCAAGUGAGCAAAGAAGUGCAGCAAUUUUUAAAGAACAAAUCAAUAGGCUAAAAGUCCAAAAUAAAGUGCUGACAGAUGAAAGAGAAAUUUUAGCAAAAAUGAACCAAGAGUUGAGUAUUAAAGUAAAUGACUUAGAAAUUGACUGCACAAAAUUUGUGGAAAGCCAGAGAAAAAGCAUCAGAAGUGCCUCACUCCCCCCCUUUAAAUUGGAACAAAAUAUAGGUAAAAUUUCCACUUUUUUGGUAAAUUAACCCCCCUUUAAAAUUGGAACAAAAUUUAAUUUUAUAAUAAAAAAUUAUAUAUAAUUUUUAUCUAAAAAGUUUUGAUAUAAGUUAAAUGUUUCUUCUUUAAUAAAAAUGAUAUUUUUUAUUUAAAUAAUUUUGAUAUAAAUUCAAUGCGAAUUCUUUAUAAAAUUCAAAAUUUACUUAUUUCUUGCUUUAUUUUAAAGAAUAGAGUAUAAAUAGUAUCUUAUUUAAACAAAAUUAGCACUUUGAUCGAUAAAUUUUCGAAAAAUUUUUUUUUUUUAAUUUUUUUUUAUCAAUAAAAAUAAUAAUUUUUGUGUAAAAAUAAUUUUGAUACCAAUUAAUAGUGGCGUAUUAACUAAUAAUGAAAAUUUAGUUAUAUCUUGCUUUUUUUAAAGGAUAAAGAGUAAAUAUCAUUUUAUUAAACAAAUUUAUUAAUCUAAUUAGAUAAGUUUUUGAAAUUUGUUUUAAAAAAAAAAAAUUAACCCUUUAAAUUGGAACAAAAUUUUUUUGUUCCAAUUUAAAGGGGUGGGGAUUCAGAGCUUUCUUUUUCUAUUGAUGACUCAAUAAAGCUGCAAAAGAAAAACACCGAGCUUGAAGCUGAGCUUAAAAAAGCUUACAAUGAUAUAAAAAGGUUUCAAUCAAUAAUAAAGCAAAAAGAUGAAGCUUUGCUGAAGCUGGAAAUUAAAGUUUCUGACUAUGAAAACGAAAAAAGAAAAACAGAGCGAUAUAGGCCUUCAAUCUCUACAGACAGUCUUUCUGGGCUUAUUAAAAACUUAGUCAGAGAAACUGACCAGCCAUUAAUUUCAGCUAAAGAUAGCCCACUUUUUUCAAAUGACCCUUUAAAUGAAAAAUAUGAAAGGCUACUUGAUAAGUAUCAAAGACUAGAAGAGCAAAAUAUAUGGCUUGAAAAACAGUUAUCAAGCACCCAAAGCAAGCUAAAAGCAGCCAAAAAUGACUUAAAUGAGCAUAAUUCUCAUUUAAGCACUCUUGAAGAGUCCAAAGAUAAGCUAGCUGACGAAAAUGAAAACAGAUUCAGGCCUUGCAGCGAAGUGAUAAAAAAAUACUCCUUAAAAACCCCUAUUUUUACUUCCAGCCCAAACAACUCUAACACCAGUUCCCCAGUCCGGAAGAUAAAUAAAUCCAGGAGCAACACCCCAGAAGAAGCUGUCACAACCAGAUACUCCUCCCCUUUCAGCAUAUCAAGAUUAAGCGUUUCCAGCAAUAAAACUCCUUGGAAAUAUUAA